UUUCAACCGCGCCGCUUGUGUGCUCGUUCGCCGUUCGAGAAAUCCGAAAGAUAUCAACAAAAAGAUGGAUACUUGACGUAUUGCCACGAGAAAUAUUCCGAAAAAUUGUUAUUUGUGUGUCGGGACUGGUAAACGAUUUUCGGUUCGAUUUGAAUGCAGGAAACUCGGACUUUAACGCCUUUUUUCCGUAUUUUUUCGUUAAUUUUCGCAACGGCUACGAGUUUUGUGAGGUUGUUGUAAACGCGGGCGUCGUAAACAACAACAAACAAGUGCAGUGGAGUUGUUGUACGCUUCAGAACUGAAAAAGUGAAGGAGGAAAUAGGAAAAGUUCAAUGUAAAAUACAAAAUAUCAAGUGAACUUUAUAACAUAUCAAAUACCAACUUACAUAUCAUCUACUAUAAUUAUACAAAAAGAAAGGAAUAAAACGGAUACCGCUUGCAAAACAAUCUUAAAACAAGUGCACACCACUGGAGGACACAUAUCAAGCCCGUCGAAAGCAUAUCAAAGCCAGCGAGUGAUACGAGGAGUAAAAAACAAUUUAUCAAGUUCCCCAGACCCUCGCACCUUCCCCACAACCCCAAAGAAACCCAGGUUCCCAGACUCAGACACAGACACCAACCCCCCACCCACAUUGAACCGAACCGAACCAAAACCGAACCGAAGGGAAAGAAAGUAAACCUACCGUGACUAGCCGGCCCCGUCGAGUCCGCGUACCAAGUUAGUCAACUACAAAUAAUGCGCAUACAAUAGGAUCGAUGUUACCGCAAAACUGUAUGUCCCUCCAUGAUAUUCCCAAGCGAAACGAAGAAAGAACUAUGGCGUUAUGCGUCCAGAAACAAUCCGGGUCCGUGCGAUGGGGCGCCAGCAGUGCCGGCCGUCCAGCCACCACGGCCGCCGCCCCCUCCACAUCGACCCCGCCCUCAUCUCUGCUCCGGCUACUCCUGCGACGAGGAGGAGGACUCCUUGGCGAUGCGCCAACAGACGCCGCCGCCGCCCUACAGCGCCAUGUCCUGCGCGAUGGACUGCUCCGGCUCCAACUCCGGCUCCUAUUGCCACAGUCUGAGUCUGAGCCACCACCACAACAACAACAACAACAUCAACAACAACAGCCACCCGUACCGCCGCCUGCCAAAUCACAAGGAUCCGUUGUCACCGCAACAGCCACCGCCUCCGUCAGCAUCCGACCGCUGCUGUACCGCUCCUGGCUGCAAUUGCGCAAGCUCCUGCGACGAUAUGUUGAUCGACGGAAGCGAUCAGGAGCGGAGUCGGGAGAGGGAACGGGAACGGGAACGGGAACGGAAUCCGGUUCAGGUUCAGCAGGUGGAUCGCCGGAUGCUGAGUGCCACCACCUUUGCGAACAUGUUUCGGAAUUGCUGUGGCGGCGCCUCGGAGUCCACGACCAGUGGAUCCACACCCACGAUUCCAAUCACCACCACCGCCCAUCAGCCACUAAAUCAAGUGCAGAGUGUGAAACGGAGACGCGAGGAGUUCGAUGCACUGAUGAAGCAGCUGAAGCGCAAGCAGAUGACCGAACUCCUGCUGGCGAUCAAAAGUCGCGUGGAUCCGCCGACCGGCGCCACCGUCGCCUCCACCGCUCCCACCUACCUGCAGUGCAUCCUGAUCCCCUGCGCGACGCAAGCGGAUCCGGAGCAGCAUGUGACCGCCAGCCGGCUGUUCUUCUGGGCGGGAAUGAGGAGCGGCGAGGAGCUGAAGCGACUGCCCGUCUGUCCCGCCGCCCACGACUGCAUCUACACCUGCUGCAAUCCGCUGCACUGGUUCCGCAUCCUGCACCAACCCGAAUCAGAAGCCCAACCGCCGCCAUACCAACGCUCAAAAAUGCAGAGACUGAGAGAUGCAGAUUCCGAGGAAGACUCGCAGAACGAUGCAAAUUCGGCGGCGCUGAGCACGUGGAGUGCCCAAAGCAGCAGCAUUUCGUGCAUCUUCAAGACGCCUCUCCUCGAGUCGUUCACCACUGAUGGAAAAGAUCACAACAGCAAGGUCUGGUGCCAAAUCGCCUACUGGGAGAUGGCCCACCGAGUCGGGGAGUUCUUUAACGCCAGAACGAAAGCAGUCAAUAUCUACACGGAUGGGAUCGUGGGCAGUGGGGGGGACAGCAUGUGCCUACGUGACCUUGCUCCCGCAGGCAAGCAGGUCCAAUUGGAGGCGGUGCAAACCACGCGGCAGAAGGUCGGAUUGGGGGUCACAUUGAGCCUGGAGAACGGCGAUGUUUGGAUCUACAACCGUGGAAAUACACCCGUUUUUGUGGAUUCGCCCACCCUGGCUGAAAACAUGGACCGUGUGUGCAAAGUGAUGCCCGGCUACUGCCUGAAGGCCUUUGAAACAAUUAGGGCUCAACUGCUGAGUAUGGAACAGCAAGGACAUCACCACAUGGGACCCGUCGAUUACUUCAGCAUAAAGAUAAGCUUCGCCAAGGGCUGGGGCCCCGCCUACAAAAGACAGGACAUCAUGGGCUGCCCCUGCUGGCUGGAGGUGCACUUCAGCCACCUGCGGUGACAGUAUCUGCUCCAGGCCCUUUCGGCAGGACCUCAUCCGGCAUCUGAUCACCUGGCGAAGCCGCUGGACUGCGGAUGCGACCAGGUGGGCAGCUGGCGAUCGCGCCAACUGCUUCGGAAGGCGCAGAGGCUGCUGACCAGGCUGUGCCGACAGGUGUGCGCCCUGACGGACUAUUAUCCGGCGACGAGGACGAGAUGGAGGUGCGUGGCGGGCAGGAGAUCCAGCCGCCAGCUAAGCACUAAACAACCAAUAAUUUGGAACAACAAAGGACUGCAUAAGAAAUCAUUUUAAAUGUUAAUAUACAUAAUUACGAAACAAGUUUCAAUUACUGCUAGUAGACACAUCGAAAUUAAUUUUAACGCAUCUGAGUCGCAUUAAGUGAGGAGGAGUGGAGUCGAGCAGGGCCUGCGAGUGGGGGCGAAAUACAUAGUAAUUGAUUGUUAAAAAUACUUAGCAAAAAUUGAAAUCCUGUGAUUCACUCUAUAUAUAUAUACACAUGUAGUAUGUACCGACGCGUGGGGCUAGAGCUCCAUUGCCAGUAGCUAUAUGAUAUGUAUAAAUAUUUAACUUAUAUAUAUACAUACUUAACGGAAGGCACAUCAGGGUUAACAGUUUCGAGAAUGGCAGAUAGUCUAGUUACGAUAGAACAUUCAGAAGCCACUACCGUUUUCUAUGCGAAGUUUUUAAAAGAACCCAAGCCCAUAAUUUAUACCCCACCCAAAAUAAAACCAAACAUCACUGAAAUACAAAACUGUUCAGUAGUAACUGCAUAGAUCGUAGGCUAAUAAAAAAUAACAAUAUUAAUUCAACUCGACACGGUUUUAGAAUCUAGCGCAUAGGAAUGCAAUUGGCUUUAAGAAAGCAUAUGUCAUGUUCGAACAUUAUUUGUUUUAUGUUGAUAUUUUGACUGUUUUCGUUGUCAUAACCAUACAUCCAUUUUUUAUAUUACAUCUUUUAUGUGAAAUGUUUAAAUUGAACCAAGGUACAUCAGUUAGGUAACUUAAAACUCUUUUAAUUAAAUCUAUAAUCAUCCUUCGUCUAUUCAUUGUUCACAAUCACAAGCCCCAACUUCGGUUGCAUUUCCACCUGUAGGAAAUGGCAAUUUGAGGAUUUGGUGUAUUAGUUAAAAUCCGUGCGCUAGAUCUUUUAACCUCUGUACCAAACCAAACCGUAUGUAGGCCAUCCUAGGGUCCCAGCCUUGUAUGUAUUUCGUUUUAAGAAUAAAUGCGAUCCACGUAAAACUAUUGUUACCAUUUUUCUCACUGUUAAAGGAAGACCGUGUUCAGUAAAUUCAUAAAGAAAAUAGGAACAUGCCUAUUGUAUGUAUAUUUUAAUUCCAAAAAAGCACUAUAAAAAAUAGUAACAACUUUAAACGUACUCAUGAGCAAAGUUACUAGGAUGAUUUUAAAAAUUUCUCCGCAUGUAAAAUUGCAUUGUAAGUCUGAUGACCAGACAAAAAUACAUACAAUAGCUUCAAUAUGAUCAAAUAUUUAAUCAGUGCAGUUAUACUGUUAAGUUUAAAAAAUUGUAAUAAAAUUUCAAUAUAUUUACAAAAACAA